UCUCUGUUUUUCUUUUCUAUUUUAUUUUUGCUAUGGAGGCAUACCAGCAGCAAUCUAGAGAGGCACUUAUACUCCUAUGCCAGGAGCGGGAUAUUCCAAUACGUUCAAAGAACAAAGAUUUACUAAUACAAGCUCUUGUUGAAUAUGAUAACAGCCAAAUCACACCAGUUGAAGUCCCAGGAGAGAUGUCUGCAGCUGUGGGCGGUGAUUCAUCAGGAUCUGGGGAUCCAUUGGACUGUUAUUUGCAAACUGUUCUUAAACAUAUGGGCUCAGUGGAUGCAAGUUUACGCAUGGAACUGAUUACAAAGUUUUAUGAAAGACAGGCUGCUGAACGACAGGCUGCUGCUCUGGCAGCUGAAAGACAGGCUGCUGAACGACAGGCGGAGAGAGAGUAUCAGCUACAGCUUGAAAGGUUGGAGAGAGGGGUGGUCUCACCUGUUGUUAGUGAACCUAGAGACCCCCCUGCUCCCAGAGUGCGUGCAGAGAAUUUUCCCACCCUGGAGAAAGAUGGAGAUGUGGAUGUAUUCCUGCGUAGCUUUGAGAAAGUUUGCAGACAGUUCCAGUUGCCAAGGGAGCAGUGGGCCAAAUACCUUACCCCUGGCCUGAUAGGUCCUGCACUGGAGGCGUUUGCUGAACUACCCCCAGAGUUUGAUCAGGACUAUGAUUCCAUUAAAGCUGCACUACAGAGGAGAUACAAUCUUACUCCUGAGGUGUACAGGAAAAAAUUCCGUUCUCUGCAGAAAGGUUUGUCAGAGAGCUAUAUUACAGCUGUUGGGAACUUGAGGACAGCCUUUAAACAGUGGGUCAGAGGAAUAAAAGUUGCCACUAUGGAGGAGCUGGAAGAUUUGAUUGUGAAGGAGCAAUUUAUACAGCUGUGCCAAGCCGGAGUUCAAGAAUGGGUUUUAGAUCGGAAGCCCAAAACAGCAUUGGAAGCUGGCGAGCUGGCUGAUUUUUACACAGCUAACAGGUCUGCAGAGAAUGGGAGGAAAUCCUUUUCUAAGGGGGGAUCCACCUGUAAAGGAGCUGCUGCACGACCCCCCUUCACAAAACCUGUUGUGCCUUUAUCCAGUGUGUCUGCUCCCUCUGGGAAAGGAGGGGCAGGUGCUGCAUCUGGGCAGGGAGAUACCCGCAGAUGUUUUGUUUGCAACAAAGUGGGCCACAUCAGCUCCACUUGCCCAGAGAGGAUUAACUUGGGGCAAUCAGCUGGAGGGAGUAAUCCCUCAGAAGUACCAGCAUCUGUUUUGUUUGUUACCUGUCCAGAGGAAAACAACCAUGAGAACUUGCAACCUGUGACUGUUGGAGAUAAGGUAACCUUCGGGCUAAGGGACACAGGUGCAGAAGUGACUAUGGUGCAUCCAAAGCUAGUGAACUCUGAGAGCAUUAUCCCUGGAAAGACUCUAGCAGUUAAAGGGAUUGGGGGAAUGAAACUUGCAGUGCCUAUGGCACGUGUAUAUCUUGAUUGGGGAAUGGGGAGAGGUUUAAGAAAUGUGGGGGUAUCUGAAAAUAUUCCUAAUGAUGUUUUACUGGGUACUGAUUUGGGUAGAUUGUUAUCUCUUUAUGCUAUAUUGUACUGCAGCUUGCCUGUUCUAGAGGACUUUGUUGAUCUCUAA